GUCUGACUGUUUGUUGUCAUCUGUCUGGGUUUGACGUUUUUCUUUCGAUGGUGUUUGGAUAUUUGGGAAAAAACCUUUAAAAACUGUGCACUUUUUGGUGGAUUUCCGAUAUGGCAAGUAGGAUCGUAUCCAGGAUAAUUUUAUCCAAAUAUGGAUAUCCAGCCACCAUCCUCAAUCUUAGAGGCCUCUCGUCUGGGCCGCCUCCAGGUACACCGCCACCGCAAACGAAAACUAGCUUUGGACCUCUAGCAGAUGAAGAUCGAGUGUUCACCAAUUUGUAUGGCAGACAUGACUGGCGGCUUAAAGGCGCAAUGAAGCGCGGUGACUGGUAUAAAACCAAGGAGAUUUUAUUGAAAGGCUCCGAUUGGAUAGUUAACGAAUUGAAAACAUCCGGACUGAGAGGUCGGGGCGGCGCCGGUUUCCCUACGGGAAUGAAAUGGUCCUUUAUGAACAGACCAGGAGAUGGUCGUCCCAAAUACCUGGUGGUAAAUGCCGAUGAAGGAGAGCCAGGAACGUGCAAAGACCGAGAAAUUAUGCGACAUGAUCCGCACAAGCUAGUCGAAGGCUGCCUCAUUGCUGGCAGGGCUAUUGGGGCCAAGGCUGCCUAUAUUUAUAUCCGCGGAGAGUUUUACAAUGAGGCCUCUAACAUGCAAGUGGCCAUUGCUGAGGCAUACCAAGCGGGUUUUCUGGGUAAAAAUGCCUGUGGCUCCGGGUACGAUUUUGAUGUGUUUAUGCAUCGCGGUGCAGGCGCGUACAUUUGCGGCGAGGAAACCGCCCUGAUUGAGUCCAUUGAAGGCAAGCAGGGCAAACCGCGUCUAAAGCCCCCAUUUCCUGCUGAUGUGGGCGUUUUCGGCUGCCCAACUACCGUGAAUAAUGUGGAAACCAUUGCAGUAUCACCGUCAAUCUGCCGAAGGGGAGGUCCAUGGUUUGCCUCCUUUGGCCGCACCAGAAAUUCCGGUACGAAGCUAUUUAAUAUUUCUGGACACGUGAACAGGCCCUGCACAGUUGAGGAGGAGAUGAGCAUUCCGUUGAAGGAGUUAGUGGAAAUUCAUGCAGGAGGAGUGCAGGGCGGUUGGGAUAAUUUGCUGGCAAUUAUUCCCGGCGGUUCUUCCACGCCUUUGAUCCCCAAGAGCGUUUGCGAGGAUGUUCUGAUGGACUUUGACGGCCUGGUAGCUGCCCAAACCAGUUUAGGUACCGCCGCCCUCAUAGUCAUGAAUAAACAAACCGACAUCGUUAAAGCGAUUGCUCGUCUGAUUAUGUUCUACAAGCACGAGUCCUGCGGACAGUGCACCCCUUGCCGUGAAGGUGUAAACUGGAUGAACAAGAUGAUCUACAGAUUCGUGGACGGCAAUGCCAAACCCGAGGAAAUCGACAUGCUUUGGGAAAUCAGCAAGCAAAUUGAGGGCCGAUCCAUUUGCGCGUUAGCCGAUGGAGCCGCCUGGCCAGUUCAGGGCCUCAUUCGCCACUUUAGGCCCGAACUUGAGGACAGAAUGCGCAAAUUCGCCGAGUCGAAACAGUGUGCAGCGUUGUAAAUGUUUGGCUUAAUUUAUCUAUUACAUAUUUGUAAAUACCGCUAUAGACACACGUGGAGUGUAAGGUAAGUGGGGGUUUGACGCCGUUGAUGUUUUAACACAGGUAAUUUCUGCUGUUUUAAGGGUAUAAGUUUGAAAAAUCGAUUACCUUACUAAAGGAA